UUAUCAUUUUCAUAUAUCAUUGUUUCUAAACCAUCCAUCGUGUAAUAUCAUUUAGCAUAGCGUUGCUAAAGAUGGCGUUUUCUACAGUCAACAAGGAAGUGUUCGGUUCAGAAGAAGCUUUUGCAACGGUUAAGGAUCUAAGAGUAACAUUUGACUCUGGCAAAACUCGAAGCUACAAGUGGAGAGUUUCUCAAUUGAAAGCUCUUUUCGAUUUAACUGAAGGCCAUGAAAAAGAGAUUGUUGCUUCUCUUUACUCUGAUUUAUCCAAAUCUGAAACUGAAUCAUUCAUCCAAGAGAUUGCUAUGUUAAAAAACUCAUGUCAAGCUGCAAUCAAGGAAUUGAAGCAUUGGAUGGCGCCGGAAAAAGUCAAAACUUCACUCACAACUUUCCCUUCUUCAGCUGAAAUAGUAUCUGAACCACUUGGAGUUGUGUUGGUUAUCUCUGCAUGGAACUAUCCAUUUUUGCUGUCACUUGAUCCGGUCAUUGGAGCUAUUGCAGCUGGUAAUGCUGUGGUCUUAAAACCAUCAGAAAUGGCUCCAGCCACAUCAUCACUGCUGGCAAAACUGUUAGGGGAAUACAUGGAUAACUCAUCUAUAAGAGUUGUUGAGGGAGCAGUUGAUGAAACAUCUGCAUUACUGCAACAAAAGUGGGACAAAAUUUUCUACACAGGUAAUGGAAGAGUUGGACGCAUUGUGAUGGCUGCUGCUGCUAAGCACCUUACACCAGUUGUGCUGGAGCUUGGAGGAAAAUCACCAGUAGUUGUUGAUUCAGAUAUCAACUUAAAGGUUGCAACAAGAAGGAUAAUUGCUGGAAAGUGGGGCUGCAACAAUGGACAAGCUUGCAUUUCUCCAGAUUAUAUUAUAACAACAAAAAACUAUGCUCCUAAGUUGGUGGAUGCUCUUAAAACUGAAUUGGAGGCUUUUUAUGGAAAGAAUCCAUUGGAAUCAAAAGAUUUGUCCCGUAUUGUAAACUCGAACCACUUCGCUCGCUUGACAAAGCUUUUGGAUGAUGAUAAAGUUUCUGGUAAGAUUGUUUAUGGCGGCGAAAAGGAUGAAAGCAAAUUGAGGAUUAGCCCUACUGUUCUAUUGGAUGUUCCGCGAGAUUCUCUGAUAAUGAGUGAAGAGAUAUUUGGUCCUUUACUUCCCAUCAUCACGGUUGAUAAACUAGAAGAAAGCUUUGAUGUGAUAAACUCAGGAUCAAAGCCUCUUGCUGCAUAUAUAUUUACAAACAAUAAGAAUCUCAAGGAGAAGUUUGUUAUGAAUGUUUCUGCUGGUGGUGUGGUCAUCAAUGACACUACUAUGCAUCUUGCAGUUCAUACUUUACCUUUUGGAGGAGUAGGUGAAAGUGGAUUAGGUGCAUACCAUGGAAAAUUCUCAUUUGAUGCAUUUAGCCACAAAAAAGCAGUUCUUUAUCGUAGCUUUUUUGGUGAUGCUCCUAUAAGAUAUCCACCAUACACUGCUACAAAGAUGAGAUUGUUGAAGGCUCUAGUUGGUGGUGGCAUACUUAAUAUAGUUCGUGCCAUACUUGGAAUGUCCUAGAAAUUUUGUCUUGGAAUCUUACAUCUAUUUGCAUUUGGCACAUUUUUAUAUAUUCUAGCUUCCUUUUUAUUUUAGUGUCCAAUUUUUUUGUUUUAAACUCAUCAACCAUGCUAGUAUACUGAUAUAGUAUAUUAUAUGUACUACAUGAUGACUCACAUUCAAACAUGUGUAAUUUAAUAUUUUAAUGUAAGUGUGAAUAAAUUCACAAUUUGAGCUAUCAGUA